AUGUUUCGAAUAUUUCGAAUAAUUUUAUAUUUUAGAUUGAUAGGGAAUUGCUUUGCUUUAGACCCUGAAAUAAUUUAACUAGAAGAUCACAUCUUCUAUGGGAUGAUAAGUUUGUAUUAGACUAAAUUAUCCAUUAGUUGCUUAAUAUUGUUUUCUGGUUUUUGCAGUGGAGCAACUUAAGGACUUUUGUCUAUAGAUCAAAUAACAAUAGAGGUGAAGAAUAAAAAAUGGGCUUCUCGUAUUUUAUCUGUAAUAUAGGAACACCAUUUACUAUUGUCAACUUUAUUGGUUGCAAAUUCAUUGGCUAACGAAUCCCUUCCUAUUUUUAUAAAAAGAAGCACAGGUGAUUGGAUUGCGUUGUUGAUAUCUGUAAUAUUGGUUGUAUUAUUUGGAGAGAUAUUUCCAUCAGCAAUUAUGACAGGGAAGCAUCAAUUUAGAAUAGCAUCAUCCAUAACACCUUAUAUAAAGUUUCUAAUUUCUAUUUUAUAUUUGAUUUGCUACCCUUUAAGUUUAAUUCUAGAUAAGGUUCUGGGCACAAAAUGUAAAAGAUAUCAUUUGGAAUACAUUCGACAGUUAAUGGAGAUCUGCUAACAAUAAGAUGUGAUAAAGCCAGAAGAAUUAAAAAUCAUAGUGUCAGUGAUGAAAUUGAGAAAUAAAUAGGUGAUCAAUCAUAUUAAACCACUUCACCAGGUUUGUUAUAUCCAACAAGACGAGCCUUAUUGCAAGAGAUUAUUGAGGAGAUUAAAAGUGAAGGAGUACUCAAUGAUACCCAUAAUUGAGAAUAACAGUGUAAUUGGAUUGUUCAAAUCAAAAGACCUUGUAACUUUGGAUGAAUCAAAUUAUGGAUAAUUAAUAGUGGAACUAGUCAAAAUCUAUUAGCCUUUGAUAAUAUCAGGGGACACAAAAAUGUUAGAUUUGGUGUUGAUGUUUCAGAAAUACAAGACUAACAUAGCAUUCGUAGUUAUGUAAGAACUCUAAGGAAUAAUAUCCCUAAAGGACUUAUUUAAUGAAAUUUUAGAUGAUGUCUAUUUAGAUGAAGACAUUCAUGGCACUGUAAGAAUGGAGUAAACAUCAUAAUAAUAGUCAAUACAAACUAUUUAUUGA